GUGGUUACUACAAUAGAUACGUGGUUCUAUUCUAUUCCUACUUUUCUCUUCCUAUACCACCUCUUUCCUUUUUCUUUUUGGUUGCCUUCGAUUUUGUGUUUAGGUUUUGCAUAAUAAUCCAAGUUGCAAGGAAAGAUGGAAGAAGAGCAAAGCGAGUUUCGACACUGGGAUCAACUACCUCCUGAUGUAUUGGGGUUGAUCUUCACCAACCUGUCGCUACAAGAGUUACUGGUGGUCAUUCCCUGUGUCUGCAAAUCCUGGUGUAAGGCAAUCACGGGUCCCUAUUGUUGGCAAGAUAUAGAUCUUGAUGAAUGGACCUGUCGCUGCCAGCCCCACCAUCUCGAUCGGAUGCUUCGACUGCUAGUCACAAGAAGCAGUGGAUCUCUCCUCAGCCUACAUGUUGCAGGUCUUCUGAAUGAUUCCAUUUUCUCAUUCAUCACAGAGAAUGCUGGCUCCCUUCGGGUUUUACGAGUGCCGCAUAGUAAAAUAAAUGAUUCAAUAGUAGAACAAACCGCCCCAAGGCUUUCCACCGUCACUUUCUUGGAUUUGAGUUACUGUCCCAAAAUUGGUGCCCAAGCUAUAGAGGCCAUUGGAAAGCACUGUAAACUUCUUGUAACUCUGUGCCGCAACAUGUACUUUCUGGAUUCAGCAGGCAAGGAUGAACCGGAGGAUGAGGCGAAUGCAAUAGCAGCUACAAUGCCAAGGCUAAAGCAUCUUGAGUUGGGUUUCCAUAAUAUUAGCACUGAAUGUGUUCUCAACAUCAUCUCUAGCUGUCCUCAGCUUGAGCAUUUGGAUAUAAAUGGUUGCUUGACUGUGAACCGUGAUCUUAAGUUCUUUAAAGAAAAGUACCCAAAGUUAAAGAUUGUGGGACCUCAUUUAGAGAAGGUGUUUAAAGACUAUGAGAACUUAGACUUAGCAAUUAUUGAUCAGGACUUCUACGAUGAUGAUUUCUUCGAAUCAAUGAUGGAAGAAAUUGCAAUGGAACUUGCUGAAUGAUUACGUGAAAAUGGUGGAAUGUUUGGUUAGUUGGCUGCAUCUCCAUGGGUAUAUUUCUUUGUGUCCAUGCUGCUUCAGCUAUAUCUUCCUGUUGUAGUUCACACAGAAAGAUGCUUCCAACUAUUGAACCAUGUUUAUGUUACAGUAUCAUCUUUUUUUUCAAUAUGAAGUUGUUGUGGUUUGGAGAUUCUAUUAAAAAGCUUCAUGCAUGGAAUUUGAGUUUUGCAAUAUAUGUUUAUUUGAAGUUGAAUGGCAGAAUUAUUUCCAGCAGCUCUGAUUUGGGGAUUGUGAGGGUAUCAUUGCCCUUUUUCUCUCUACAUUUAUUAGGUUUUCUUAUUUCUGGUUUUAUGUAAAUCACUUUUCACAAUUUCAAUCUAAUUGGACAUCUUUUUUUCAA